UAUGUUCCUUUCUCAACUUCACCACUAGUAUAUAUAAACUUCAUCUCUUCUCUUAGGAUUUUCUCCCUUUAUUCUUUCCUUGCACACAAAUUGAAGAUUUUAAUGUCUGAAAAUAGGGCUAUGGAGAUCGAUUGAAGUCUUCUUCCAGAUAUCAAAAGAAUGGCUACUUAUUUUCCUGACUCAAACAACCAAAGAGAUGAUUCAUCUAUGGUUUAUAGCUAUUCUGAAUCUUCUUCUUCUCCUUCAGUUCUUCCUGUCAAUAAUUUGAUGAUGAUGAUGUAUAUGGGUUCCCAAAAUCAGAACCCAGAAGGAAUCAGAGCUGGCGAUAACGAUCAUGAUCUUCUUUUUAUGAACCCAAUUGGGAAUGGAAAUGGAAAUGGGAUUCAAGGAUUAUCCCUUAGCUUAAGCACCCAAAUGCAUCAUCAACCUUCUUAUAUGAAUUACCCAAAUCCAUCUUCUUCUUCUUUAGCUGGAAAUCAUUCAAAGUACUUGAAAGCAGCUCAACAAUUGCUAGACGAAGCUGUUAAUGUCAGAAAAGUUCAUAAGCAGCAAUACAAUGCCAAUCCCAAACAAGAGGGAAGACAAAAGCAUGAUGAAAUUAAGGAUCAAGAUUCACGAAAUGAACUUUCUCAGGCUGAUAAACAUGAACUGCAGGACAAAUUGUCAAAGUUAUUGCCUAUGUUGGAGGAGGUUGACAAAAAAUACAAACAAUAUCACAAUCAGAUGCAGAUGGUGGCAUCUUCAUUUGACGCCAUAGCUGGAACCGGAGCAACAAUGCCAUACACCACACUCGCAGUCCAAACGAUUUCUCGUCAUUUUCGGUGUCUUCGCGAUUCAAUAGAGAGACAGAUAAAGCUAACCAGGAAGAGCCUUGGGGAGGAAGAUGGAUCGGAUAUUAAUAGUAAAGGAAUUGGGAUAUCUCGGCUUCGAUUCGUUGAUCAACAAAUCAGGCAACAAAAAGCUCUCCAACAAAUGGGUUUGAUGCAACCCAAUUCUUGGAGGCCAGAAAGAGGUCUACCAGAGAACUCUGUUUCGUUUCUCAGGGCUUGGUUAUUCGAACACUUUCUUCAUCCAUACCCAAAAGAUUCAGAUAAGAGCAUGCUAGCUAGGCAAACAGGUUUGACAAGAAGUCAGGUUUCGAACUGGUUCAUUAAUGCAAGAGUUCGUCUUUGGAAGCCGAUGGUUGAAGAAAUGUACAAAGAAGAGUUCGGUGAGGCGGAAAUGGAGUCCAGCUCUGCUUCUGAAGAACUGCAGCAUAAACCAGACAAUUUCCAUGAUGUAGAAGAGAUGGUAGGAUUGCAUCUUCCAGCUCAAUCCGAGGAAGUACAUUUUGGGAUGAUGAUGAUGGGUUCUUCUUCUUCUUCAUCUGAUCCAUAUCAAAUUACAGAGAUGGGAAGAUAUGGGAAGACUCUUUCACUAGGAUUUCACCAUUGUGAAGAUGGAAGACUACAUCAUCAUCAUGGUUAUGUUCAUCUUCAUAACCAGCAUAAUGUUGAUCAUGAUUCUUCUAUGGUAGUUGAAGUUGAAACAACAGAUCAGUUUAAUUGCUUGGAUUCUUCUAGUAAUCGUCAACAAAGGAUUGGUCUUCCUUUCUUUACAUGAUAAUGUGGAAAAAAUGGUUAAGUUAUUGAGAAAAUGAGUGUACUUGAUGAAUGCAUAGUUUUUGGGAUUUGUACAAGUUAUGUUUUAUGAUUGUGAGCCUUUUUGGUA